AUGUUUCCGUUCUGGUACACUCGAGCCAUUUUUUCUUAUCGCGUCGACGAAAGUCAGGCAAAUCGUAGCGUUAUCUCAGUAAUGCCUCCGCUUGGUACCAAGGCGCAAUACGUGCGACUCGUAGCCGAACUGCCCCGUGGAGUUUUGUCGAUAGCGGAAGUUGAAGUGUUCACGGAACAGAGUCACGUUUUGUCGCAGUACGCCGGCGGAACCCCCGUUCGAGCGGCGUAUCAUCCAGGUGGUAAAUGUGGGUCCCUUGAAGAGCCUUUCCGCUAUACAUUUGGUGGUAUGCCAAGUGAAGGUGCAUGGACUCUGGCGGUUGAGGAUACGGCAGUUAAUGGGAGCAACCUGACCCCACCAAGACCGAAUACCACUGCAGGCGGCAUCUCCGACUGUGGUGCUUUUAUCACAAACCAAGCAGGAGAAACGACAGAACGCGACCACCUCGAUAUCGAUGGCAAUGGGCUACUGGAUUCCAUUGAGGCAGACACGUAUCUCCGCCGAUACUCCCCCAAUGGUUAUACUGAGCUAUCCUCGAAUAAUUGGGAGCGCGAACUUAAAGAAUUCAUGCUAAGCUAUCAGGAAUAUGGAGCGGUGCAAAGACUGCGCGACCUUAGUGAGCGUCAGCUGCGUCUUCCGUCUUCGGUAUGUAGCGCAGAAUGCCUAGCAGCCAUUAAGCUCGACCCCUACUACUACGUGGGUCUUGAUGGCGACAGAGCGCUGAAGUUACUGAGAGUGGUUGGAGAUCGAAUAGUCAAGUACGUCCCGGACGCUGGUUUCCGUGGGUUGGAUGCGUUCACGUUCUCCGUCGCCGUCACAGGACAGGAAUCGCUUGUAUUAGGGACGAUCCAAUUGGCUGUAAAGGAAUGCGAGGAUCCAGAGUGCCGCAUGUCCAUAUUCCUGCUGCAUCGUAAGAUGCGGUAA